CUCGGUUUGUGGUUCCGUGAAAUUAAAAUUCCGUGACAGAGCAUGUUUGCAGACACAGUUAGUGGUUUAAUAUCAGUUAAUAGAUUUUAAAAUGAAUAGUUUAUAGCUCAGAGAAGUAAAACUGUAUUGUAAAAUGUGGCGACUCAAAGCAGUUCAUCACAAAGCGAGCCGCUCUGCCAAGGACCUGGAGGAGUUUAAGCACAAGAGGAGAGAGCAUGAAAAAGCACUGAGGCAGGCGAGGAGGGAUAGACAGCUCAUUAGCAAGAGGCUUCUGUUAAAUGAAGAUGAGCAGGAGAAAGAGUUCAUGGAAACAGACGGGACUCCUGUAUCUCCAGACCAGAUACAGGAGAUGUUACGCAGUGUGCAGCGUGGUGGAGAGGAAAAAGCCACACAUCUGGCUGUGCUGAGGAAGGCACUGAGAGACCCUCAGACACACCUCAUGUUUACUAAGCUGGAGAGCAGCAUGUAUGUGCUGGUUGGACAGCUGAGUGGACACAAUGCCCAGUGUCAGCUGGAAGCUGCUAGGUGUCUCCAUGAGCUCUCUCACUCUCCUCACCCCGGUGUAGGGCAGUCCUGUUUACCUGCCACUCCUUACCUCCUUACAUACCUCUCCAGCCCCUGUGCCAAACUCACAGAGCUUUGCCUGUACACGUUAGGGAACCUAUGGACUGAGGGAGCUGUGGUGAAAGAGAAGCUGCUUGCCCAAGGCAUAGUGCCUGCCCUUGCUAACUGCAUUCAGAAUCAGAGAUGUAACCUGGCAGUGGUGGAGGCAGCUGGCUUUACUUUGUCCCAGCUUCUCCAGGAUAAAGAUGCUGCAGACAGAGUUAUUCCGUUGGUCAUAUCCUCUGGAUUGGUCCCUCAUUUGACCUCGAUUUUGACUCCAGACACUGAGUUUGGUUUUGGACCAGCCAUCGAAUGUGCCUGGUGUUUACAAUAUAUAGUGUCACGUGCUGUUGAUACAUGUGCCUUACUGACUCAAGGAGUCCUUUCACAGUGCUGUAACCUUUUGAUUACACUGGGAGGGGCUGUUGCUAAAGGAAACACUGAGGAGGGCCUGGAACUGCUGAUCUGGCCCCUGCUGCGUUGCCUGGGUAACCUGCUCGCCAGUGGGGUGUGCGAGGGUUCAGGAUGUCCUGUAGGUUUAGAGGAUGCUCGUCUCUUAGUUGCUCUGUGUGUGUUCUGCCAAUCUUACCUUUCCUCUCACUUUGCUCUGACCAGGGAGAGCUUAUGGGUCCUCAACAACCUCACAGCUGGUUCCACAGUGUUUUGCUCAGCUCUGUUGUUCUGCAACAUGGUGCCAGCACUACUCCAGCUUUUGCCCUUCUCCAAGGGAAUCAAUACUAUGGUUCUGAGGAUUCUGGGUAAUGUUGCCCACAAUGGGACAGGGUACUGUGUUCAGCUGACCCAGGCGGGCCUGCUCCCCGCCCUUUGUGCCACACUUAAAAUGGCUGAUCCAGAUGUGGUGACCCUAAGCCUGGAGGUUUUGUACCUGCUGACCGCUAACAGCCCUCAGGUAGCUGAAGAGUUUGUUAAGCUGAAUGGUGUUUCUCUACUGGAAGCAAUCCAGUACAAUAAUGAAGAAGAGCAACGUCUGAGGGCAUCUUACCUCUUAGAUCAUUAUCUCUACACUCACUCCACGGCUGAUAACCCAUCAUGACUCAGGAGUGAAGACAACGAAACAAGCCUACUCUACCUUCGUUGUAAAUCUCAAGAACUCUAAUUUAUUAGUGGUCAACUGAAAUAUCUGUGUAUGCAAAUAUAUUUUUAUAUAUUUACAGAAAUACUGUAAACAAAAGUUUUUACUUUGAAUAAAAUGCUAAAUUGAAACUGAGAUGUCAAAGCGUGGUUUAAUGAUAACGUUAAUAGGAUCCAACACAACGAUCAAGCUGUAGGACUUUUAUUUUGGAACAAGAAAAAUAAAGGUUGUACAAUAACAAUGAAUGGAAAGGUUAGAGGAAAAUAUCACAGAGACAGCUUCAACCUGCACGAUAAAUAAACAAAUCCAGUGUUCAGUACCCACGGAGAGGUAAAGGGUUAACUUGUCCAAAACACGAAAACGUGAAGCGGAGAAAUAUGACCCGCUGCUAGUCUGCUGUAUGGCUGACCGCGGUUUAUGCAGCUGCUCUCUGGUCCAUUUGUUAUGAAACUGCAAUGGUUAACGUUGUAGUGUACCGGAGAGCUAACUUUAGCUAGCUUGGCAGCUGGCUACAUAGUGUUGACGGUAUUGCCAAAGUUCAUUCCAAUGGGGUCCCACUGAGAGAUUCUUCUGUAUGUUCUCUGAAUUUCUCUGAAGGAGUCAGGCC